GGAAACCUGCCGGGGAAGCGGCGGCUGCAGCUCUCUCGGCGCCAGGGCUGCGCACGUCGCGGGGUGUCCGCGGCCGCCGCUGCGCUCCUGGCCCGCUCCCCCGGCGCGGGGGCCCGGCUGAGCCACGACACUCGGUCACUCAGGCCGUGCCCUUCGCCGCCGCUGUCGGCGCUGCAGCCGUGCGCUCCGUGCCGCCCCCGCCGCGGCGGCUCCCCAGAGAGGUCGGCGAGGGCGCAGGGAAGAGGAGGGACGUCUACUUUGGAGCAUGAAGCAGCAUGUCUGAUAAAAUGUCCAGCUUCCUCUACAUAGGGGACAUCGUGUCCCUGUACGCGGAGGGCUCGGUCAACGGCUUCAUCAGCACCCUGGGGUUAGUGGAUGACAGAUGUGUGGUGCACCCUGAAGCGGGAGACCUCACCAACCCUCCCAAGAAAUUCAGAGACUGCCUCUUUAAGGUGUGCCCUAUGAACCGAUAUUCUGCCCAGAAACAAUACUGGAAAGCUAAGCAAGCCAAACAGGGGAACCACACAGAGGCAGCCUUGCUGAAGAAAUUACAGCAUGCUGCAGAACUGGAACAAAAACAAAAUGAAUCAGAGAAUAAGAAACUGUUGGGAGAAAUUGUGAAAUACAGUAAUGUUAUACAACUGCUGCAUAUAAAAAGCAACAAGUAUCUGACUGUCAACAAGAGGUUACCUGCUUUACUGGAGAAGAACGCCAUGCGUGUGUCCUUGGAUGCUGCAGGAAAUGAAGGGUCUUGGUUUUAUAUUCAUCCCUUCUGGAAGCUGAGAAGUGAGGGUGACAAUAUUGUCGUGGGUGAUAAAGUUGUUCUGAUGCCCGUGAACGCGGGACAGCCGCUGCACGCCAGCAACAUAGAGCUUCUCGAUAAUCGAGGGUGCAAGGAGGUGAAUGCUGUUAAUUGCAACACUAGCUGGAAAAUCACUUUAUUCAUGAAAUAUAGUUCCUAUCGAGAGGAUGUACUAAAAGGAGGUGAUGUUGUUAGACUGUUUCAUGCAGAACAAGAGAAGUUUCUGACUUGUGAUGAAUAUGAGAAGAAACAGCACAUUUUCCUUCGGACAACCUUGCGUCAAUCAGCCACUUCUGCUACCAGUUCUAAAGCGCUCUGGGAAAUAGAGGUCGUUCACCAUGACCCAUGCCGCGGGGGUGCUGGACAAUGGAACAGCUUGUUCAGAUUUAAACACCUUGCAACUGGGAACUAUUUAGCUGCAGAGCUUAAUCCUGAUUAUCGAGAUGCUCAAAAUGAAGGAAAAAAUAUGAGAGAUGGAGAUCUUCCAACUUCAAAGAAGAAACGCCAGGCCGGGGAGAAGAUCAUGUAUACUUUAGUCUCAGUCCCACAUGGAAAUGACAUUGCAUCCCUGUUUGAGCUGGAUGCCACAACUCUUCAGAGAGCUGACUGCCUGGUUCCAAGGAACUCUUAUGUUCGGUUGAGACAUUUAUGUACCAACACAUGGGUAACAAGUACUAGUAUACCCAUAGACACAGAUGAAGAGAGACCUGUUAUGUUGAAGAUUGGAACUUGCCAAACGAAAGAAGAUAAAGAAGCAUUUGCCAUUGUGUCUGUCCCAUUGUCUGAGGUCCGAGACUUAGACUUUGCCAAUGAUGCAAAUAAAGUGCUGGCAACCACAGUUAAAAAGCUGGAAAAUGGUACAAUAACUCAGAAUGAAAGGAGGUUUGUAACCAAAUUAUUGGAAGACCUCAUCUUCUUUGUGGCUGAUGUACUUAAUAAUGGACAAGAAGUUCUGGAUGUGGUUAUCACUAAGCCAAACCGAGAACGUCAAAAAUUGAUGAGGGAACAAAACAUAUUGGCACAGGUAUUUGGGAUUCUCAAAGCACCCUUUAAAGAGAAGGCAGGAGAAGGCUCAAUGCUGAGACUUGAAGAUCUGGGGGACCAAAGAUACGCUCCCUACAAGUAUAUGCUGAGGCUGUGUUACCGUGUGCUGAGACAUUCACAACAGGACUAUCGGAAAAACCAGGAAUAUAUUGCUAAGAAUUUCUGUGUCAUGCAGUCCCAGAUUGGCUAUGAUAUUUUGGCAGAAGAUACCAUCACAGCUUUGUUGCACAACAACAGAAAACUACUAGAGAAACAUAUCACAGCAAAAGAAAUAGAAACAUUUGUCAGUUUACUCAGGAGAAAUCGUGAGCCAAGGUUUUUGGAUUAUUUGUCAGAUCUAUGUGUUUCUAAUACCACUGCUAUACCUGUAACUCAAGAACUCAUCUGUAAAUUUAUGCUGAGCCCAGGCAAUGCAGACAUUCUCAUUCAAACUAAGCUGGUUUCAAUGCAAGUAGACAACCCCAUGGAGAGCUCCAUCCUCUCGGAUGACAUUGAUGAUGAAGAAGUUUGGCUCUACUGGAUUGACAGCAACAAGGAACCUCAUGGCAAAGCUAUCAGGCACCUUGCUCAAGAAGCAAAAGAAGGCACCAAAGCUGAUUUGGAAGUUCUUACCUAUUAUAGGUACCAGCUAAACCUCUUUGCAAGGAUGUGCUUGGAUCGCCAGUAUCUGGCCAUAAACCAGAUUUCUACGCAGCUCUCUGUGGAUUUGAUCCUGCGGUGUGUGUCGGAUGAGAGCCUGCCCUUUGACCUCCGAGCGUCUUUUUGUCGCCUCAUGCUUCACAUGCAUGUUGACCGGGAUCCCCAGGAAUCCGUGGUGCCUGUUCGCUACGCCCGGCUCUGGACCGAAAUUCCUACAAAGAUCACAAUUCAUGAAUAUGAUUCUAUAACAGACUCUUCCAGAAAUGAUAUGAAGAGGAAAUUUGCACUGACAAUGGAAUUUGUUGAAGAAUACUUGAAAGAAGUUGUAAAUCAGCCCUUUCCUUUUGGGGAUAAAGAAAAAAACAAACUGACAUUUGAGGUGGUCCACUUGGCUCGGAAUCUUAUAUACUUUGGAUUUUAUAGUUUCAGCGAAUUGUUAAGACUAACAAGAACACUUCUGGCUAUCCUAGAUAUUGUACAGGUCCCCAUGUCAUCGUAUUUUGAAAGACUAAGCAAAUUUCAAGAUGGUGGAAACAAUGUCAUGAGAACCAUCCAUGGGGUGGGAGAGAUGAUGACCCAAAUGGUACUCAGUCGAGGCUCCAUCUUCCCCAUGAGUGUGCCUGACGUUCAGCCCAGCAUCCACCCCAGCAAGCAGGGGAGCCCCAUAGAGCAUGAAGAUGUGACCGUGAUGGACACCAAACUCAAGAUUAUUGAGAUUCUGCAGUUUAUCCUGAGUGUCAGACUAGAUUAUAGGAUCUCAUAUAUGCUGUCAAUAUACAAGAAGGAAUUUGGAGAGAACAAUGAGAACACGGAAACGUCUGCCAGUGGCUCUCCAGAUACAGUACUACCAUCAGCUAUUGUUCCUGAUAUAGAUGAAAUUGCAGCCCAGGCAGAAACUAUGUUUGCUGGAAGAAAGGAGAAAAAUCCAGUUCAACUUGAUGAUGAAGGAGGCAGGACCUUUCUACGUGUCCUCAUUCAUCUGAUCAUGCAUGACUACCCUCCUUUGCUCUCAGGAGCCCUACAGCUACUGUUCAAGCACUUCAGCCAGAGAGCAGAAGUCUUACAGGCGUUUAAACAGGUGCAAUUGCUGGUGUCCAAUCAAGAUGUAGAUAACUACAAGCAAAUCAAGGCAGAUCUAGACCAGCUUCGACUAACGGUGGAAAAAUCUGAGUUAUGGGUUGAGAAGAGCAGCAGCUAUGAGAAUGGAGAAAUGGGUGAAAGUCAAGUAAAAGGUGGUGAAGAACCCAUUGAGGACUCAAGCAUUUUAAGUCCAGUGCAGGAUGGAACAAGGAAACCUCAGAUUGACAGCAAUAAGAGCAAUAACUACUGGAUUGUGAAGGAGAUUUUGAUUAGACUAAGUAAACUCUGUGUCCAGAAUAAAAAGUGUCGGAAUCAGCAUCAACGAUUACUGAAAAAUAUGGGAGCUCAUUCGGUGGUGUUGGAUCUUCUGAAGAUACCCUAUGAAAAGAAUGAUGAAAAGAUGAACGAAGUGAUGAAUCUGGCCCACACCUUCCUGCAGAAUUUCUGCCGGGGAAAUCCACAGAACCAAGUUCUCCUUCAUAAACAUCUGAAUUUGUUUUUAACUCCUGGUCUCCUGGAAGCAGAAACCAUGCGGCACAUCUUCAUGAACAAUUACCAUCUCUGCAAUGAGAUCAGCGAGAGAGUUGUGCAACACUUUGUGCAUUGCAUCGAGACACACGGCCGCCAUGUGGAGUACCUGAGGUUUCUGCAAACGAUUGUAAAAGCAGAUGGUAAAUAUGUGAAGAAAUGCCAGGAUAUGGUAAUGACAGAGUUGAUAAAUGGGGGUGAAGAUGUGCUGAUAUUUUACAAUGAUAGAGCAUCAUUUCCCAUCCUUCUCCAUAUGAUGUGUUCAGAGAGAGACCGAGGGGAUGAGAGUGGCCCCUUAGCCUACCACAUCACCCUGGUGGAGCUGCUGGCAGCAUGCACAGAGGGGAAGAACGUCUACACUGAAAUCAAGUGCAAUUCCCUUCUGCCCUUGGACGACAUAGUGAGGGUUGUGACCCAUGAUGACUGCGUCCCCGAGGUUAAAAUUGCUUAUGUGAAUUUUGUUAAUCACUGUUAUGUGGACACUGAAGUGGAAAUGAAAGAAAUCUACACGAGUAACCACAUUUGGAAAUUAUUUGAGAACUUCUUGGUGGACAUGGCAAGGGUUUGCAAUACAACCACGGACAGGAAACACGCAGACACCUUCCUGGAGAAGUGUGUCACUGAGUCAAUAAUGAACAUUGUGAGCGGCUUCUUUAAUUCCCCCUUUUCAGACAACAGUACCAGCCUCCAGACACAUCAGCCAGUUUUUAUUCAGCUGCUGCAAUCUGCCUUCAGAAUUUACAAUUGUACCUGGCCAAACCCAGCGCAGAAGUCCUCCGUGGAGUCUUGUAUCAGAACUCUGGCAGAAGUGGCAAAGAAUCGUGGGAUUGCUAUUCCGGUGGAUUUGGACAGCCAAGUCAAUACCCUUUUCCUGAAGAGCCAUUCCAAUAUGGUGCAGAGAGCUGCCAUGGGUUGGAGACUAUCUGCUCGCUCUGGACCACGCUUUAAGGAAGCUCUUGGAGGGCCUUCUUGGGAUUAUAGAAAUAUUAUUGAAAAGUUACAGGAUGUAGUGGCCUCGUUGGAGCAACAGUUCAGCCCAAUGAUGCAAGCUGAAUUCUCUGUGUUGGUUGAUGUGUUGUACAGUCCGGAACUACUGUUUCCCGAGGGGAGUGAUGCAAGAAUAAGAUGUGGUGCCUUCAUGUCCAAGUUGAUUAAUCAUACAAAGAAACUAAUGGAGAAAGAAGAAAAGCUGUGCAUUAAAAUUCUUCAGACUUUACGAGAAAUGCUAGAGAAGAAAGACAGCUUUGUGGAAGAGGGUAACACAUUAAGAAAAAUACUCCUGAAUCGCUACUUUAAAGGAGACUAUGGAGUUGGUCCGAAUGGACACCUCUCUGGGACCUACUGCAAAUCUGCACAAGGGGCAGGGAGCUUUUCUGGACAAGAUUCAGAUAAGAUGGGGAUAUCAAUGUCAGAUAUUCAGUGUCUGCUGGAUAAAGAAGGUGCAUCUGAACUUGUCAUUGAUGUUAUAGUGAACACCAAAAAUGACAGGAUUUUUUCAGAAGGCAUUUUACUUGGCAUUGCCUUGCUCGAAGGAGGAAAUACACAGACUCAGUAUUCCUUCUACCAGCAGUUGCACGAACAAAAAAAGUCAGAAAAAUUCUUCAAAGUUCUCUAUGACCGAAUGAAGGCUGCUCAGAAAGAGAUAAGAUCAACAGUGACAGUUAAUACCAUAGACUUAGGUAACAAAAAAAGGGAUGAUGACAAUGAAUUGAUGACAUCUGGUCCACGAAUGAGAGUAAGAGAUUCAUCAUUACUUUUGAAAGAGGGAAUGAAAGGGCAAUUAACAGAAGCUUCUUCAGCGACAUCCAAAGCAUACUGUGCCUACCGAAGGGAAAUGGAUCCAGAAAUAGACAUUAUGUGUGCAGGAUCGGAAGCGGGAAACACUGAGGAAAAGUCUGCGGAGGAAGUCACGAUGAGCCCUGCGAUCGCCAUCAUGCAGCCCAUACUGCGGUUUCUUCAGCUGCUGUGUGAGAAUCACAACCGGGAACUGCAGAACUUCUUGAGGAAUCAAAACAACAAAACAAAUUAUAACCUCGUCUGUGAAACCCUUCAGUUUUUGGACUGCAUCUGUGGAAGUACCACGGGUGGCCUGGGCCUGUUGGGUCUCUACAUCAAUGAGAAGAAUGUAGUACUGGUCAACCAGACUCUGGAGAGCUUGACGGAAUAUUGCCAGGGCCCAUGCCAUGAAAAUCAGACUUGUAUUGCUACUCAUGAAUCAAAUGGGAUUGAUAUCAUCAUUGCUUUGAUUCUAAAUGACAUAAACCCUCUGGGUAAAUAUCGAAUGGAUCUGGUGCUCCAACUAAAGAACAAUGCCUCUAAGCUUUUGCUGGCCAUUAUGGAAAGCAGACAUGACAGUGAGAACGCGGAAAGAAUUCUUUUUAACAUGAGACCCAGGGAACUGGUGGAUGUGAUGAAGAAUGCCUAUAACCAAGGACUGGAAUGUGACCAUGGGGAGGAUGAGGGCGGAGAUGAUGGUGUUUCCCCAAAAGAUGUUGGACACAAUAUCUAUAUCCUGGCCCAUCAGUUGGCUCGUCACAACAAACUCUUACAGCAAAUGCUCAAACCAGGAUCAGAUCCAGAUGACGGGGAUGAAGCUUUAAAAUAUUACGCCAACCACACUGCACAGAUUGAGAUUGUUCGGCAUGAUAGGACGAUGGAGCAAAUAGUUUUUCCUGUCCCCAAUAUAUGUGAAUACCUUACACGAGAAUCCAAGUGCCGUGUGUUCAAUACAACUGAAAGGGAUGAACAAGGAAGUAAAGUGAAUGACUUUUUCCAGCAAACAGAAGAUCUCUACAAUGAAAUGAAGUGGCAGAAGAAAAUCAGGAAUAACCCUGCACUGUUCUGGUUCUCGAGGCACAUAUCCCUCUGGGGGAGCAUUUCCUUCAACUUGGCUGUGUUCAUCAAUUUAGCUGUUGCUCUCUUCUAUCCAUUUGGGGAUGACGGAGAUGAAGGUAUACUUUCUCCGUUGUUCUCCGUUCUUCUUUGGAUAGCCGUCGCUGUCUGCACAUCUAUGCUGUUUUUCUUCUCCAAGCCUGUGGGUAUUCGGCCAUUUCUUGUGUCAAUAAUGCUCAGGUCGAUAUAUACAAUAGGUCUUGGGCCUACGUUAAUACUUCUUGGUGCAGCUAAUCUUUGUAAUAAAAUCGUAUUUCUGGUGAGUUUUGUGGGCAAUCGUGGCACCUUCACCCGAGGCUACCGAGCAGUAAUCCUGGAUAUGGCCUUUCUCUACCACGUGGCGUACGUUCUGGUUUGCAUGCUGGGUCUCUUUGUCCAUGAAUUCUUCUAUAGCUUCCUGCUUUUUGAUUUGGUGUACAGAGAAGAGACUCUGCUUAAUGUCAUAAAGAGUGUCACGCGGAAUGGCCGCUCCAUCAUUCUAACUGCCGUCCUGGCGCUCAUCCUCGUCUACCUGUUUUCCAUUAUUGGGUUCCUUUUCCUGAAGGAUGACUUCACGAUGGAGGUGGACCGGCUGAAAAACAGAACUCCUGUGACAGGUAGUAAUGAAGUUCCUACUAUGACUUUAACUUCAACGAUGGAAACAUGUGAAAAGGACAGCUGCUCACCCACAAUACCGGCUUCAAAUACAGCUGAUGAAGAGUAUGAGGAUGGAAUUGAAAGGACAUGUGACACUCUCCUCAUGUGUAUCGUCACUGUCCUGAACCAGGGCCUUCGGAAUGGCGGUGGUGUGGGAGACGUUCUCAGGAGGCCAUCGAAAGAUGAGCCUUUGUUUGCUGCCCGAGUGGUGUAUGACCUUCUUUUCUAUUUCAUUGUCAUCAUUAUUGUCCUAAACUUGAUUUUUGGUGUUAUCAUUGAUACUUUUGCUGAUCUCAGAAGUGAAAAACAGAAAAAAGAAGAGAUUCUAAAGACAACCUGCUUCAUCUGUGGACUUGAGAGAGACAAGUUUGAUAAUAAAACGGUUUCAUUUGAGGAGCACAUCAAGUCAGAACACAAUAUGUGGCAUUAUUUGUACUUCCUCGUCCUGGUGAAGGUUAAAGACCCAACUGAAUACACUGGACCUGAAAGUUACGUGGCUCAGAUGAUCGUGGACUGUCAGUCACUGAAGAACCUUCAUGCUGCCUAAAUCACUGGACUUCUUGGUUAUUGAAACCAAAUUGAAGUCUCAAGUGCACAGAGGAUGUUUGCUGAAGAAUUCCCUGGCACCACCUCAGUCCCAACUCUCAUCUUCUGACCUCGUGUCAUUGCUUGUGUCUCAGUUCUCCAAAUCUAGAAGUUUCCCAUUGUCAAAUGGGAACAGAAGAGUCAUACUCUAAGAAAUUCCUUGUAUUUCAGAAAUCAGGAGUUUAAGAAAUUGAACCAUGUUUGGGAAGAGCGUAGUGUUUGGUCUCAGUGGGAGAACACUGGCGUUCUGUCUACAUAUAGUUUGGGCUGUUGCUGACGAUUGGCACUGAUUCUGCCAUACCUACUUGCUUCUAACUCCUUAGUAAGAACAGUUGCAGAGGCUGUGGUUGUCUAUGACUUGGCCUUUCUUCUGUUUUACAGAAGAUUAAAAUUAAGUGGCUUAAAGAGAAGUCAGAGUUACGUUAGUGUGUCAUGAUGCACUUUUAGUGAGUAUCGAUGCGUCUGAAAUCAAUGCCUAUAUUCUUAUAAUAAACACGCUGUAUGUUGGACUUUCUUUCUCAAAACCCUUCUUACAAAACUAUUUGAGAGUGAAGCUUUAGAAGAGGCAAGAUCCUCCUUGCAGCCUGGUCCCGGGGUAACAUGUAGUCAGCACCAAUGCUGAAGCUUUGGGAGAGCUAGAUGAUGGUAGCUGUGGGUCCUUCCUUCUGGAAGCUGGUCAUGCCUGUAGGAAGACAUAAACUACAGAGGGAGCAACCAAAGACUAUCUUUGGCAGGUAACAUAUUAGUACGAGCAAGUUAACAUUGCAGUAAUGUAUCUCAUUUGACAAUAUUUAUGUGUCACAGGAGAGCUACAUGUAAA